ACGUUGCCAGUUCUAGCCAUCAAGAUGGCGGCGGCCGCCAAGGCUUCUUUGUUCUCCUUAUUAUUCUCAUUCCUGUUUUUAAUUCCGCUCCACCUAAAAUAUCUAACAAAACCACAAAUAAUAAAUUUUAAAUAUCACGCCAUUACCGAGUAAAUACUGCGGAUAUUCUAGAGGCGGCAGCAUUUUCAUAAAUUUUUAUAAGACAAUGUUGGCAACUGUGGUGUAAACAGCCAGGACUUCCGACUACUCCCAUCGGUCGCUGUAACUAACGUGGAAUAUUCUCAAUAACGCCCCUUCCUGCCUGUGUUUGGGCAGGGUGACCCAAAGAAGGAAACAGUCACCAUAACACAUUCUCUAGAAGCUUUUUCCCAUAAAGUGAAUUGAUGCCACAGCUCAGGUGACCUUCCUCCCCACUACCAGUACAACAUUCUGUUUCAAUGUAAUCAUGUUGAAGGUCUGAGGUCACUUAGAGGAGGGUAGCAGCAACUCAUGCCAGCAACUUGCUUGGUAGCAGAAAGUGCAGGAGGCAACAUGGAACACAUUGUAACGUCUGGAGUAACAGGUGCAACACAUGUAACAGGUGUAGGCACCGUGCCUGGCGUAACUGGAGUUACAAAUGUGACUGGAGUGCAGACUCUUAAUGCUGUGAGUGGUGUAGCUAGUGUUGGCUCUGUAACAGGGGUAGCAGGGGUAACAGGUGUAGCCUGGUAUAAUUACAGUCCCGACACAGUUGGUCAGCUUAUAACUACAAGUGGCCCUGCAGUACAAGUGGAGCUAGGCAGUCCUGAUAUUGCACGGCAGUUCAAUCAGCAAGUUCAGGCUCAGUAUGGUAAUCUUCAGGUUCAAGUUCAAGCUGUGGCAACUCAACCACCAGUUGCAAAACCCCCACCUGCAGUUACUCCCGAUCCACUCAUGAUUGUCAAACAAUCCAAGCCGAGAGUACGCCAAAGUGGAGGAGAACGUGUGCCCUGUCCUGAAUGUGGUAAGACAGUAUCAUGUAAUGCAACUCUCCGGGAUCACAUACGUACUCAUACAGGAGAAAGACCUUUUGUGUGUGGUGAAUGUGGUCUAGCUUUUGCACAACGUUCCAAUUUGCGCAUGCACAAGCGACUUCACACAGGAGAACGCCCUUAUAUGUGUGGUAUAUGUGGUAAAACUUUUGCACGCUCUUCUCAUUUACCAGCUCACAUGAGAACUCAUACUGGCGAGAAACCAUAUGUUUGCCAAGAAUGUAACCAUGCCUUCAUUACUGCGCAGCAACUAAAGAAUCACUUUAGAGUUCACACGGGUGAAAAGCCCUGGAAGUGUGAUCUAUGUGAUGCAGCUUUCACACAUUCAUCAUCAUUAUCAACGCACAAGAAAAAGCACACUGGUCAAAAGCCUUACCAGUGUGAGAAAUGUAACAAAGCUUUCUUCUUUAGCUCAGCAUUAGAUAAGCACAUGAAAGUGCACUCUAAAGCACGUCCAUUUAAGUGUGAUUCUUGUGAAAAGGCUUUCAAAUAUAAGGAGAGUUUGACUGUGCACAAAGAGAAAUAUUGUGGCAAAGAAGUGUCAAAGAAACCACGUGCUCCUCGCCGCCCUGAUGCUAAGAAGCCGGGCCCGAAACCUGGCAGUGGCCGUAAGUAUGUACAGAAAAGAAAAGGCAGACCCCGUGGAAGGCCUCGGAAACGAGGUCGUUGGGGUAAACGGGGAAGACCUAGGAAAUAUAUUAAAGAGGAAGAUUAUGAGGAUGAAGAGGAUUUUGACGCUGAGCUUGAGGCAGAAGAGGGUGCUGUUUUAGCUUUGGGUGAAGAGGAGGAUGACAAUACAGUUUAUAUUCCAGAAGCUAACCUAGACCCAUUAAAAAUUGAAAAAAUUGAAAAAAUUGAUGAAAAGCUUGCAGUUGAUGAUGAUUACCCACAUGAGUUACAACAUCAUCAGGAAUUACACCACCACCAUCACUUACAACAUGAGCACCUGCAUCAUGCUACACAUGAAAUUCACAUUGAGGAUGCUACAGCAUUGACUAUUGUUUCUCAAGAAGAAGCUGAACAGCAAGCAGCAGCUGUGGAAGCAGCAGGUGGUGUCCAGUUAGUUACAUUACACUCUGAUGUUCCAAUCCAGAUAGUUUCACACGAUCCUCAAGCCCAGGUUACUCACCAGUUAAUCACUCGAGAUGGUGUGCAGAUGUGGUAUCCUCGACAGUAUCAGUGAAUCAGCAGUUGCCAAGUAGUGUAUCUACUUAAUGUUUGUGCUAAGUAUCCAUGAUUAGUAUAGAUAUCAUGACUCGCAAAAUGCAUCAGUUGAUGUGUAAAAAUUAUUAUAUUUUGGUUCCAAGUUAAAAAUUUAAUUUUAAUAUGUAUAUAUAAUUAACAAGAAAAUUCAUAGAAAUGUUUAAUAUCCAGUUUGGUGCCUGUUAACAGUAAUUAACAUAAUAAAGUUUUUAAAAAAUAUUGAUUAUUAUGGAGGUUAAUUUUCAGUACAAUUGGGAAUUCGUCAUAUUUAAAGUUAUAGAGUCCUAAUAAGAGGGGUUCAAAUUUGACUUACAUAAUUGUCACAACAGAACAAUUUCUGGCAUUUAUUCUCACAUACAUUAAAAUUCUACUAUAAUCCUUUUCAUGUACAUUUUGUGUAUUGUAAGUUGCAUGUACUGAAAUAAGAAUGACAGUUUCAGCUUUGGUGCUCAGAACCUUUUCUAUAGCUGAAUCGUUUAUUUUAGAUAUUAAUACAGUAUUGAGUUUUUAACAUGCCUUAAGGCACAUGUAAACGUAUGUAUAAAGUUUUAUCAUGGCAUUAGCAUCAUGGAUUAUGCAUGGGAAGCUUUGAUGGUAAUAGCUCUUUGGUAAUUUUGGAGAACAGCAGGAAUUUAAAAUAACAGUUUAUUUCAUGACAUCAUUGAUGAGUAGGAUUGCAAUGUUGUUGUUGGUGAUGCAAGUGUGUCUGAAUUUGUGUUAACACAAUAGUUAGAAUUUGUUAUGUAUAUGCUUGGACUUCCAGCAAGCAUGCAUAAGCGUGUUAGAUAGGAGCGAGUGGAGACAAAUGGUUUUUAUGACUUGAUGUGCUGUUGGAGUGCGAGCAAGGUAACAUUUAUUAUGGCAUUCAGGGAAAUUGACAAGCCAGACUUGAGUCCUAGAGGUGGGAAGUAUAGUGCCUGCACUCUGAAGGAAGGGGUGUUGAUAAGUGGCAGUUUUAAAAUUGUAGUGUAGACAUGCCUGUGGCAAGAUAGUGAUUGAGUGAAUGAUAAUGAAAGUGAUUCUUCUUUUUUGGGUCACCCUGCCUUGGUGGCAAACGGCCUAUAUGUUAAUAAUAUAUUUUUUUAGCACUGGCCAUCUCCCACUAAGGUAGGGCGACCCAAAAAUGAAACACUUUCAGUAUCAUUCAUACUAUCACUGAAUUGUCAGAGAGGCACAUAGGUACAACAGUUCAGGUGUCCCUCCAAACAGCAAAUAUUCUCACCCCUCCUUUAAAGUGCAAGCACUGUACUUCCCACCUCCAGGACUCAAGUCCAGCUAACUGGUUUCCCUGAAUCUUUUCAUAAAUGUUACCUUGCUCAUACUCCAACAGCAUGUCAAGCCAUAAAAAUCACUCCUGUUUAACACACUCAGACACACUUGCUGGAUAUCUCAGCCCCUCAAACACAAAAAUCUUUUCUUCCUCCCUUCGAUCUUUCCUAGGAUGACCCUUACCCUGCAGUCCCUCCACUACAGAUUUAUACAUCCUCCAGUCUAUCCUCUUUUGUUCCACCCUGUGUCGGUGGGAGACAGCCAGUGUGUGUACACACACACACACACACACACAUAUAAGCAGUACAUAAGCAGAGGUAUGAUAAAGCUCACGGUUCUGGGAGAGUGACCUGGUAGUGAACGGUGAAGAGGCGGGGCCAGGAGCUAGGACUCGACCCCCGCAACCUCAACUAGGUGAGUACAACUAGGUGAGUACACACAUACACACACACACAUCCUACGAAGAAAGGUUGAGGGAAAUCGGACUGACGACAUUGGAGGACAGGAGGGUCAGGGGAGACAUGAUAACGACAUAUAAAAUACUGCGUGGAAUAGAUAAGGUAGACAGAGACAGGUUGUUCCAGAGAGGGGACACAGAAACAAGGGGUCACAAUUGGAAGCUGAAGACUCAGACGAGUCAGAGGGAUGUUAGGAAGUAUUUCUUCAGUCAUAGAGUUGUCAGGAAGUGGAAUAGCCUAGCAAGUGAUGUAGUGGAGGCAGGGACCACACAUAGCUUUAAGACAAGGUAUGACAACGCUCAGGAAGCAGAGAGAGAGAUGACCUAGUAGCGAUCAGUGAAGAGGCGGGGCCAGGAGCUGAGUCUUGACCCCUGCAACCACAAUUAGGUGAGUACACACACACACACACACACAGAGCCAGCAUCUCCUCACUUAGUGACGUACUCAGACUUGCUACGGGCUCUUUGACCAGAAUGCAUAACUAAAUAAUGUAUAUUAGAGCUAAUUUCCUCUAUUCUGUUUAUUACAAUAUACAGUAAACUACUGUAUAAACAUUUAAAAAUAUACCAGAAAUGUUAUAAAUGGUGCAAAGGUGCCAUUAAAACAAUAUCAAGGAUGGUUGACACAAACCUACUACCAUUGUAGUAUGCUCCUCACUUAACGAUGAAUUCGUUUAAUGACGUGGUCUUAGGGAUGGAACUCUGUCGUUAAGUGAGGAGAGGAUAUAUGUACACGUACACACACACACACACACACACACACACACACACACACACACACACACACACACACACACACACACACACACACACACACACACACUCAUACACACACUCAUACACACA